UGAUGAUUCUCGCUCAAGCUUAGACCCUUAUGAUGUACCAGCGUCGGAUAAUCCGUCGACUGUGCUUUAUUCCCCUAUCUUAACGGGUGAUAAUUAUCCCACAUGGUCAUGGGGUAUUACUCAGGCUUUAAGAGCCAAGAACAAAUACUGUUUGGUGAUGGUACAAUAGCCAAACCAUUCGCUUCUGAUGACCAUCUUCCAGCUUGGAUCCGUGCUAACAAUCUGGUUUGUAUUUGGAUUGCCAAUUCCUGUGAAGCUGAGAUAAAACGAAGCAUUAAUUGGAUAGACAACGCUAGGGAUAUUUGGAUUGAUCUUGAGGAUCGAUUUUCUGAAACAAAUAUGCCUAGAAUUUUUGAUCUAAAACGUCACAUAUCAACUCUCAAACAAGAAGAUUCAAGUAUCUCUUCUUAUUACGCCAAGCUUAAAAGUCUAUGGGAUGAAGUAGGUGCUCUUACACCGGUUGAACCUUGCACCUGUGGUACUGGAAAGCAAGUACUUGAACAGCUGAACAGGGACAAAGCAAUGGAGUUCUUACAAGGACUUCAUGACAGAUUUUAGGCCGUAAGGAGCAAUAUCCUUCUCAUGUCUCCUUUUCCGACACUUGCAAAGAUUUACUCCCUGGUCCGUCAGGAAGAACAACAACAAUUCCUCAACGUUGCUUCUGCACCUCAAAUUGACGGCGCCGCUUUAUCCACCAGAUUUACAUCUCGACCUUCACCUUGGAGCAACACCAGCGGACCGAGCAACAAGAAGCUGCGUCCAUCUGGUGACCAUUGCCGAAAGAUUGGUCACACCAAAGACCGAUGUUACCAAUUAGUUGGUUACCCAAAGAAGCCAAGAGAUGACACAAGCACAGGUUCCGUUGGAUCCUCUAUGCCAACCGCUCCAAGUAGCUACAUGCCUGCUACUCCACAAUUGAUCCAUGAUCAAUACAUCCAACUUUUGGCGUUUCUCCAAACAGGUCCCAUAACUACAACUGCAAACCUUGCAGGACCUACAAAUGAAGAAGCUGAUUGGUCAGGGUGAUUACUACAAUGAUAUAUAUUAUCUCUGUGGUAUUACUGCUCUUUCUGUUUCAUUUCCGAAAAAUUUUCACCUUUGGCAUUGGAGAUUAGGACAUCCGUCCUCCUCUAGAUUAGAUUAUUUAUCAAAGACAUUUCCUUUUAUUAGUUCAGACAAAGGCAUCUGUGGGAUUUGUCCACAAGCCAAACAAUCUCGUUUAAAGUUUCCUUCUCGUUGUAGUUCUAGUUCUAGGAUUUUUAAAUUAAUCCAUUGUGAUAUUUGAGGACCAUUUAACGAACCAAGCAUCACUGGGGAUCGUUAUUUUUUGUCUA